AUGGCGACUGUAGACGUACUACCACAGCAGCCUGAUAUUCAAUACGCGCCUGACUUCAAUAAAUAUGAAGCCAGAUCCAGGCGUCGUCAACAGGCGGAAGCCCUGAAAAGCCAGGCUCUGCCCAAAGGCUUCAGUCGACGAUUAUACUCGGACUUGGUCUGGGACGGCAAAUCGCUUGACAACUACGACUGGAACUUUGUGCUAACACGGGAACACCUCGAGGAACUGGAGCACGCCCUUGCCCAUUUCAAAUCACUUGGGAAACCGCUUGGCUAUAUUGACCAGAUCACGUUUCCAUUACCCAAGCUACACGCUGCUCUACGUGCGGUCUCCCGAGAACUUCACCAUGGCCAUGGCUUCAAGGUCGUACGUGGUCUGCCCGUCAAGGAGCACUCACGGGAGGAUAAUAUCAUUCUUUACGCUGGCCUGUCUUCGCACAUUGCCCCGCUUAGGGCCCGCCAGGACUCCAAGUACGAUGGCAAACCAGCUGAUGUGGUGCUCAACCACAUCAAAGACCUGAGCUCCAGCAAGGAGAAAGCUUUCAUUGGCGCACCAGCCUACACGGCAGACAAGCAGGUGUUUCACACGGAUGCCGGCGACACUGUGUCGUUGUUCGCACUUAGCACCGCAGCUGAGGGUGGAAAGAGCAGGCUGGCAAGCACUUGGCGCGUCUACAAUGAACUGGCGGCCACUCGGCCAGAUCUCAUUGAGACACUGUCUUCAGAUUGGAUCGCUGAAAACUUUGGAAACACCGAGGAGCGCUACACAGCGAAGCCUUUGCUGUUCCACCAGCCUACUACUGAUGAUGCGCCGGAGAGAGUCAUUCUGCAAUACGCAAGAAGAUACUUCACCGGGUAUGGCGCGUUGCCACGCUCCACAGACAUUCCUCCCAUUUCGGAAGCCCAAGCUGAAGCACUUGACGCUCUGCACUUCCUGGGAGAACGCUUCAAUGUGGAGCUGGAUUUCCAGCAGGGCGACAUUCAGUAUGUGAACAACCUGGCCGUCUUUCAUGCCCGAGACGGGUUCACGGACACACCGGAACAGCAGCGCCACUUGGUGCGGCUCUGGCUCCGCGAUCCUGAGUAUGCUUGGGAGACACCAGCCGCGUUGAGGUCGAGAUGGGCACAGCUGUACGAUAGUGUAUGCCCGCAGAAUCAGGUCUUCCCACUCGAGCCAUACGUGCGCAGCGCGAGCAACGGAUCAUCGAAGACGUGA